AUGGCAAAAAGCUACGGAGACCUUGUGAGAGAGGCCAUUGAGCUGCUGGAAAAGUUCAAUGCUGGAAAGCAGAGUCUGGAUGACUUUAUAGAAGAUGCAGUCAAGGAUCUGCAGUUCUUGGGCUUCUUCUUUACAAACCUCACCACUUGGAUACAAGAUGAAUGGAAUUGCAUCUAUGAUAUUGCAUAUGUGAAGGACCACUGGAUUGCUCCUCUGUUAAGAAAGCGCAAUGAGAUUGAGGCCCUCAUGGAGAAGCUUGCUGCAAAAGAAUCUGAAGGGAUUCAGCCGCAUAAAACUCCAUGCAAAACCACUAAGAUUGAGGCGUUCUCGUUUGUUAAACCCAAACCGCUAUUACCACCUAAAUCUACGCCCAGCCCUACCGCGGAAAAAUACAAACCAAUACCAAAGAGCACUUACAACACUCCAAAAGAGAUUCAGCUGUUAGAAGCGAUCAAGCAAAGGAACCAUCAAAUGACUGAGGAGUUACUGCGCAAGAACAAUAUGACACAGUUCCGGUGUACAAAUCUGACAAAGUCUGAGCGCACACAGAGAGUGCUGUACCAGAUAAGUGAAGAGUUGGAGUCAAGGCUUCAGUUUGACUCCAUUCAUUACGUUAAACCUCCUCCCAUUAAGAACGUCAGUCCUAUCAAACUCAACACUGCAGCUAUGCUGAGACGGCGGGCUCUCUAUGACCGCCAUAUGGAGGAAGCGCUGCAGAGAAUAGAGAGUCUGGUCGAGGGAGCACAUGAGCCCUCAGUCUUGCUUCGGAGGCAGAGAGAAAUGCGUGAAAAAGAAUUUCAUGAGAGGUGGGCCAGGAUUGAUCUAAACCAUGCCGAUGCUAAUCUCAGCCAUUGGGAGGCCAAUUUGGCCCGCACACAAAUUGUAGAACGAAACAAGAAGGCUGCUCAGCUUAAAAAAAUUGAGGCCUCUAAACGCUGUCAGAAAAAUGCACAGAAAAAGCUAGAGGAAGUAAAAGAGAAGAAAGACCUGGUGCACAAAGUGAUAGAAAGUUACAAUAACUCCACAAAAGCUAAAGAGAGGGUGAAUAAAUUCAAGCAAAGUGCUGUAAAAGAAUUCGCUGAGCACAAUCAAGAGCUCGUUCGUCUAGCACAAGAAGAAGCCAAGGCAGCGCAAAUCAAGAGGUUGGAACUUAUAAAUGAAGUCCACACCAUGGAAUGUCUUCCUACCCAUCGAAACAACACAUUUGAUGAUACAGAGAUUGCAGGCCAUGAGCUGCUGUCAGAGAUGUCCCAUGUCGAGCUUAAGGAGCGUCUGUUCCUUACAAAGGAAGCAGAGAUGUACGAAGAGCAGGCCAAGCGACUGUACAUCCAUGAUGAGAAGCAGCGAAAGAAGACGCUGCUGUCGGAAAACAUGGACACCGUUAUCCUCCAGAGUAGGGCUCUGGCGAAGGCUGCUGCCAUCAAGAAAGAGGGAGAGAAACAAGCCAAGCUCCGAUUGCAGAGGGUCGCUACUCAGGACAAGAAGGUCUUGGCCUUGCAGAAGAAACUUGAAGAGGUGAAAAAAGAGUGCCAGAAACUAAAGCAAAGUGAAAGCAACAUUAAUAAACCUCCAAAGCAGGCAGCAUCACACACAGUUGAGACCCACAACGAAGAUGGAAUGCAGAAAAUGAAUUGGGAGGACUUGGAGAAGCGUUUAGAGGAGUACAUCGAGGGGAAAGACUCCCCAAGAUAAUAUUACUCAGUGGUGCAGAGAUAAAUACUUAUAACUUAUAAAUAAGUUACUUAUAAAUAAGUUAUGUUAUUGUGGUUGCAGUGUAAAACUGCACUACUGAAUAAGUGCAUAAGCAGCAUGUUUGAUGGAGAUAUUUCAUCAGUGUUUCCCAUUAAUACAUUCAUUUAUGAUGGCUCGUCACGUGCGACCUGUUCACUUUUGUUCAUAACCGCAUUAUAACGUACUUGGUCUGCCAGAGAAUAUGAGGGUGGCGCUGGUGGUAUAGGUGACCAUGUCACUAUAUUAAGCCUUUUUAGCGCUCGAGAUACUGGUUUAGAUACUGUUCCUUUUCCUUCAUCACCCAACCUGGCAUUGUAGGAUCGUGGCACUGUUUUCCUUUUUCUCAAGCUCAUCAAGACAUGGACAAUGACCAGAUUGCCGUGUCGUGGAUCCCAGAAGAGUUCCUGCAGGAGUGCAUGAAGGCUUGGCAGUAAAUCCUGAGAAAAUGCAUCAGGCUACUAAGGGAUUUAUAGUUUGGAUGUAAAAUACAGUGUAGCAUUGUGUAAAACCAGUCCUGGAUUUUUCUAAACCUAUAAACCUCAUAUAAUAUAAUUUAAUA